AUGUCCGAGUACUUGUCGUCAUAUGAUGGUCAAAUGCAUGAUCCCACUGGCGUUUAUCCGCUAAAUUGGGAUUCCAAACCGCAACAGUCAACCAAAGUGAACAUACCAAAUAUAUCCAACCAUGAAGAGAAGAAUAUAUACCCUGACUUCAAAGUUUGGAUUCAAACAGAAGAGGAAGACAAAAUUAUGAAAACCCAUCUACAGAAGGGUUUCAUGGAGCCUCACUUUGUAAAGCACGAAGACCAAUCGGGACGACAACUGAUUACCGAACUCCUCACUAGAUCAAACGCUCAGUCACAGCUAACACCCCUUGAAAGAGACAGCAAAUUAGAUCUAAUGGGACAGAUAUUUGUAGAUGCCAUGCAUAAAAGACGCCUGUUCAAUGGAAUAAAAAGCAAAGGCGCUUACAAACCACCUCCUAGAGUGACACUAACUGAACAUAAAAAGGAAGCAUGGCUUAAAAAGUUGGCAAAUCCCAAUAUUCCAUUACAAGAAUUGUCACGGGCAAUACCGCAUGGGUUGAGGAAUAAAAUACUGUUGGAGCAAUGUUUAAACCAUCAGGUACCAAUACCAAGAGCUAUCUGGUUGAUUAAAUGCAUUUCCACCAAUGAGCAACGACAGUUAAAGCGAAAAACUACGAAUGUGUCGGCAAUGACGAUAAAUGCCAAUAAGUGGAUAGUCGAGUGGACUGAGCAAAUAACUUCCUUUUUUGAGUCGAUUAUCGAAGGUUGUUUCAAUCCCACUUUAGCAAAAGAAGUUUGGAGGUUCAGGUUGAACUAUACCAUCGAAUUGGUCGUUAAUUUGUAUUCCGAAGAACUAAUGAAUCAAAUUACAUUUCUUACCUGGAUUAUUAGAUAUGCUUCCCAGAUUAUAAAUAAUGCACAUGUUUUUGCAGACAUCAAGCCAAUUUCAGUUCAUCAGAUGAUCAUCAAACUUUUCUGGUUCAAGAUUAUCAGAUAUGAUUAUCUCACUAAGGAGCUCAGUGAAACGAUGCUUUUGACCUUAGUCAAGGCAAACCAGCUUCCUAGACCUAGCAAGUUUGAUUCAUUGGCCUUGAAGAUUACAGGGAUUUUCCAGUACUUGAUAAAAUACCUUUUUUACUACAAUUCGGACAUUUUCAUCCUCCCUUCAAAUUGGAAUUAUUUGAAACCAUAUUUGAGGAAAGUCUUAGAUAUGCAUUUGCCACCUGUUAGUGACCAAUUCAAACUAAUUGCAUACAGGAAUGAAUCACUAACUAUUGACGAAUUAGACCGAUCAGGACCUAAUGACGAUGAUACUGGAUCGCCAGUCAAUCUUAUACCAAAUGAUAAAUUUUCACUAAUCUUACAUCGGUUGAAUUGCACCGAGAAGGAAAGCAUAUCUUCUUUAUCGAAGUUGGUGUUUGAAGAUUCCAGUUUGUUUGAUUCAACAACCUGGAAGGAUUAUAUGCCUUUGAUUUUUCAAUGGUGUAUUCAGGCGGUUGGGGAGAGAGAGGUUAACUUUCAUAGAAUCAAUAUGGCUUUAUCAAUUUUGCAAUUUAGACAGUCACAGUUGAUCCAAUCGAAGUCUAAAAAAUUUAAGCAGUUUAAAGCGGAUCUCGAAAAUAAGAUAAUUGACUUUGUUUAUUCAAUGUCCGAGGUAUUGAAUUAUCGUAACGAAGAGAAUUCUAAGGGUAGUAUUUAUGAUGUCAACAACUUUCUAGUCCUGAUAAGCAGACUAUAUUCCAUAAAGCUAUUUGUUGUUUCCUCAUAUCUCCGAAGGCUAAUUGCUUCUGGUGUUAUCUAUUUAUCUGAUCCCGAUAGAACGUGCUAUAUUCACAUUCUCAUUUUGAACCUGUUCUCUUCGCUUAAUGAUUCAAACUUAAAAAGCAUUUUGAAAAGACUUAUGGACUCAACCAAGAUAACCAUUGAUAAUCAUGAUUUGACCUCAAUUAAGGAAUCACUUUCCACCUUUUCACAAGUUGUAUUUUCUACAAAAACAGAUAGAGAGAAUUCUCUUGGGCAGUAUAAAUGUAAAGAACCUUUUCCCUUGGACGACCCAACUCAAAUUAACAAGUACAUUCAAUUGAGCGAGUAUUUCUAUCAGCAACUAGAGAAGCAAUUGAAAGAAUCACAGCAAAAAAUUAUUUUGAAUCGCAGCAGGCUGCUGGCUCUUUACGAAUGUUUUCAAAUAUACCCCAUUGGUUUAUCCCGAUUCCUAACACUCCUCUUGGAUAAGCUUAACCAGGAAAGUAAUGAUUUUGAGUUUGAUAACAUGGAGACGUUUGUGGUUUUCUUGAAAAUCGUGUUUGUCAAUAUGAAACUAUUGAAAUUUUCAAUCUUCAGCUCAAAACAGAGUUUAUGGGAGCAUUGUCUAGGUGUACUAUCAUCAUGGAUGGAUUCUAAUAGAUACUGCAUAACUGAAAACCUGCAUAAUGCCAAGCUUCCUACGUUUGUGCUAUCACAAUUUGGAGCAAAGGCUGCAAAGAUAGAAGCGGUUAAGGUUGAUCCUGUAUUUUUAACCGUUGAAGAGCUUUUGUCGUUAGACCUUGCUUCGUACGAGAGGUUAUCUAAUGCUGCAGAGUUUUUCCACCACACCACCUUAGCUAUUACAAGGUACGCUAACGCAGUCAGAGGAGCAGAAGAGUCGGUCAAUAUUGCUUUGAUCAUCAAAUUCAUGAGAAGCUUGUACAGUUGGAAGCAAGAAGAGUUUACAAAAUGUUUGCGGGAUUAUCUUUUCAGGUACUUGAAGCCGACACUUCAGUUAGAAUAUGAAUUGAAUUCCAGAGUGCUACUGAAACUAGUGAUUGACGACUUCAUAAGUAUCAAGCAAAUUGUUGAGAUAUUCCACAUUAAGGCCACUUCAUACACUUUCUUUGAAAACGAUUUCGAUGACGUUCAUUUGCUCUGGGAUGUUUUCUUCAACACAAGGAUUGAGUUUGAUUUUGGAGAGUGGUUUCUGUACGAGUUCUCGAAGUUCUCGUACAUUUCCGACAACCGGAGAAACUAUUACAAGAUACUUUCUGAGAUCAUCUACACUACGUUUCAGAAGGCACCGAUGGAUGAGCCGAUGCAGGAUGGGGUUGUGAACGUUUCGAAUGAUGUUGAGGUUGACAGUGUCGAUGUGGAAGUUGGUGUUCACGUUGGUGUGGACGUGAAUCCCACUGUUGGGGUUGAUGUCAUGGACACGUUCCAUCAUCUGAAUGAUGUGCGAAAGAUCAAUUCGAGCCAACACCGGCGGUUGUUUCAGCAGAAUAUAAUAAACAACAAGCUCCUCUCCACGUUCUGGGAGCUCAUUUCGAGCCACACCGAUCUCUGCAUUGAAUACUACUACGUUCCAGCCGAUGAGUACGACGUUAUCGACGUGCGUAACCUACAGAAGUUUGUGUUCCAGCGGCUCAUGAACUUCCACACGAACAAGGAGUUUGACAACAUCCAAGUCAUUGAAAACCUCAACUACUUGAACUUGCCUGUUCUGCGGUGGACGUUCACGUACAUGAUGCGGCAGAAGUACAAGGAGUCUGUGCAGAGCCACGAGGCGACCACACAGUUUAUCACGCUGGUGGAGUGCAUCUUGGGCAUUGUGGGCAAAGGCAGCAUCGACUGCAAGUUGGUUGGGGAGCUCUUUGCGUUCCUGCCGGACAGCUUCAAGCACCACCUGUUGAACGCGUGCGAAGAGAUCUAUCUCAACAGCGAGAACUUCCCCAGCGUGCUGAUGGACGGGGUCAACGUCACGCAGUACCUCAACUGCAUCAUCUCGAGCUGCUCGAGGCUGCAGCUGGCGUGCAACAGCAGCAGCGCCAGCAGCAGCGCCAGCGGCAGCAAGUGCCUGGAGCUGAGCGAUGCGCUGGUGUUUUCGUUGAACCUGGCGCUCGAGAAGCUGCUCACCAUCUGCCACAACCUGGACCACCAGCAGAAGAAGCGGCUGGCCAACCGCACGGGCCUCUCGCGGGAGCUGGAGCUCGGCGUGAAGAUGGUGUCCAAGAUCAUCCUGCUCCACAAGUACUUCUUGGUGGAGCUGAUUCUCAAGCGCUCGGUGAAUCUCCAGCGCGACGUGUUGAUCAUGAACGCGACCAAGUUGUUCAACCACAAGAUCAUGCUCAAGAACCCGAAGCUCAAAAACUUGCUCUACGACGUCUUGAUCUCGCUCAAGGUGAUCAUCUCCGAAUCCAUCACCCAGCAGUUCCAGCGCAGCCAGUCCGCAGGCACCAGCAGCCCCGGCGUCUGGAUCAACAGGGGCGCCAUGGGCGCCACGGCUGCCACCCCCACCAACGCGUCCUUCUUCUCGCCCAUCAACUCCCCGAAGCCGGCCUCGGCCUCCCUCGCCGCCAGCCACGCUGUCCCGACAACCACCUCUCCGCUCACCCACGACGCCAGCAACGCUAACACCGCCGCCGACACUGCGUCUGGCCACGACCUUGGCGACACCAAGCCCCACGGCCUCGGCCACGGCCUCCUCCACGCCCCCAGCCACGGCCACGGCCACGGGCCGGGUUCUUCCCGGACAGGCAAACAGGGCUCAGCCCCGAAAAGGGGGGUUGCCGCAUUUGGAAACAAGGCAACAAACGCCCUCAGCAACGGCAACUCCGCGGCCGCGUACAUCAUCAUGCCGAACGUGCUCAACAUCAAGCCGCCCAGCUUCAACAACAACCUUCGCAGCUUGCUCAGCAUGUUCGACCUGCGGGACACCGUUCCCGAGAAGACCAUCCGGCUCUACACCGCUGCCCAGGGUUGGGACGGCGCCGUGGCCGCUGACCGCAGCGUGGCCAAGUACACGCCCAAGCCCUUCGAGCUGAUCGAGGACUCAAAACACCCGAAAAAACACAUCCAGAGAAAAAUGUCUGCCACCACCAGAGGAAACAACAGUAUGAUCGCCUUGUGCUUCGCAUUCCUGCUCUCGCAGGUCGUCCACGCAAGCAGCGACAGCAACCCGUACGUGCAGAACAACGGCAGCCUCGACGGCUACUACGAGCAGGACGGCAGCAGCAGUAGCAGUGCGGAGACAGCCUUGUCGGAAUCCACCACGAAGUGGUGGACUCCUGAAUCCAACACAUGGUCGGCUUCUGCCGCCGCAGCAUCGGAGCCUGCAUCUUCAGAAUCUACCACAAAAUGGUGGACUCCUGAAUCCAACACAUGGUCGGCUCCUGCCGCCGCCUCGGAGCCAGCAUCGUCGGAAUCCACCACCAAAUGGUGGACUCCUGAGUCCAACACAUGGACUGCCACCGCAUUGGCUUCUACUGCUGCUGCCUCUGCUCCAGUCGCUUCUGCCGCCGCCUCUGCUCCAGUCGCUUCUGCCGCCGCAUCUACACCAGUGGCUUCUGCCGCCGCAUCUGCCCCAGCAGCUUCGGCUGCCUCUGGAAAAUGCCAGGCAGAAUGGGCACAGUGCGGUGGUGCAGACUUCACCGGCGCCUCCUGCUGCCAAGAGGGCCUCACAUGUGUCUCUGCAAACUCAUACUGGGCUCGCUGUGUCAGCUCGACUACCCUUGCCUCCGGCGUCGCCUCCCAGCCAGCUAGUGCAGCUGCACCAGACACAGCAGCAGGUACCGGUACUCUCACUGCUCCCGCCGGCUCCGCCGCUGCCGACGCCACCACCGGCGUCACUGCUCCAGCCGCUAUCUCUGCAGUCUCUGCUGCAGACAACUCCAACAACAGCAAGCCAACAGCAGCUGUCACAGGUGUCUCUGCCGCAGCCGUCGGCCAAAGCACCUCCAUCGCUGGCUUCGCCAAGGCCGUCAACUCCAUCUCCAAACAGGCUUCCGCUUCCUCUAGCAACGGCGCUGCACCUUCAUCCGCCAACGGAGGAAUUGCAGCUGCUAUUGUAUUGGGUCUUGGUUUGGUCCUUGGAAUCUAA